AAUUUGGGAGGAAAGUCUCGAGACUUUGCCACUCUGUAAUCCUCGACGCAUUCCCGUGUGCUAAAACUUGUAUUCCCUCUCUCUCUUCUAAAAUAUCCUAUUCUCUGCUAAUCAUGAGCGAAGAAGACAAAGCAGACAACAGAGCCUUCGUCGUCGAUCACCAGCACCAUCAGUACGGUACCUUUCAAGGCGUUGCUAAUUAUCCUCCUCCCCACCACCAGCCUGUAAUCGGCUUCCCUCAGCCUGUCCCUCCUCCUGGAGCUACUGAGCCUUCCUACCCUCCGCCUCCCUAUUAUGCUUACGCUUACCAAACCGUUCCAGGUUAUGCUGUUGCUGAAGGAAGACCUGUAAGAGAGCGUCGCCUUCCUUGCUGUGGUAUUGGUGUUGGCUGGUUCUUGUUUAUAAUCGGUUUCUUUCUUGGUGCUAUCCCCUGGUAUGUUGGACUAUUUGUUCUGCUAUGCGCAAGGAUAGAUCCCCGAGAAAAACCAGGAUACAUUGCUUGCACAAUUGCUGCUGUUCUUGCCACCGUUGCAAUUAUUCUUGGUGUAACUAAGGGAUCAGAAGAUUAGCAAUCGUUUGGCCAAGAGUAGCAAAAUGGAUGUGAACACACAUGCAUCAGUUCCAAAGUCAUUUAGCACUCUGAGUAUGCAAUGUUGUGAUUGAUUCUUAGUUGUGUUAUUGGAGUGUUCUGAACAAUUCGUUGGGAGAUGAUUUCCAUAAAUGUUUAAUGCAGUUAUUGUUGUACUUAUCUGAAUGUGUGCUUUGAUUAUUUAUUUGUGGAAAUCAGCAGACAUGUUGUAUAUUUAUAAUUAUAAUAUUAUUAUAUAAUAUUAAUUUUUAGA